UAUAUACGUGUCUUGCGCUUCUUCACCGUAUGCUCUGCGACCAUGAGUAGCUUAACGGCGAGCUUCACACCUCGAAUAUGUGGCACACGUCGCAACCUACUCCCAAUACGACACCGUCCCCUUCAUCAUUUCACCAACAGACGCGUCACCACCACUCUCACACUGCCAAGAAUCGUUUGCAUGGCGGAACCUUAUCUCAUAACGAAGCUUGAGUCCGCUGAGAAAACAUGGAAAGAGUUAUCGGUGAAGCUUGCUGAUCCGGACAUCGUGUCUAACCCUAGCGAGUACCAGAAGUUGGCACAAUCAGUGGCGGAGCUUGAUGUGGUUGUGUCUACGUACAAGAGAUUUAAAGACUGUGAAAAGCUUCUAGAAGAAACCAAAGCCUUAGCGAAGGAUGAUGGCAACGAUGAGGAUAUGGCGGCAAUGAUAUCUUAUGAAAUCGACUCUUUGUCCAAGCAACUCUCUGAGCUUGAGGACAAACUUAAGGUAUUACUUCUUCCCAGUGAUCCUCUGGAUGCAAGAAACAUAAUGCUUGAAGUACGAGCAGGUACUGGGGGUGACGAGGCUGGAAUAUGGGCUGGUGAUCUUGUCCGAAUGUAUGAAAAAUAUAGUGAACGGAAUUCUUGGAAGUUUUCUCCUGUCUCGAGCUCUGAGGCAGAGAAAGGAGGAUACAAAACUUAUGUGAUGGAGAUAAAAGGGAAUCGUGUUUACAGUAAAUUGAAAUAUGAAUCUGGUGUCCACCGAGUUCAACGUGUUCCUCUAACAGAAACACAAGGUCGUGUACAUACUUCUACUGCAACAGUGGCCAUCAUGCCAGAGGCUGAUGAAGUUGAAGUUGUAAUUGACCCAAAAGAUAUUGAACUGACAACAGCACGUUCUGGGGGUGCUGGAGGGCAGAAUGUUAACAAGGUUGAAACAGCCAUUGAUCUUUUCCAUAAGCCAACAGGAAUCCGCAUCUUUUGUACUGAAGAAAGGACACAACUUCAGAACAAGAAUCGUGCUUUUCAAUUGCUCCGAGCAAAACUGUAUGAGAUGAAGGUAAGGGAGCAGCAAGAGUCAAUACGAAAUCAAAGGAAAUUACAGGUUGGUACAGGUGCACGUGCAGAAAAAAUUCGGACAUACAAUUAUAAGGACAACAGGGUUACUGACCACAGAUUGAAGAUGAACUUUGAGCUCACCUCUUUUCUUGAAGGUGAUAUUGAAGAUGCUGUUCAGUCUUGUGUUACAAUGGAGCAAAAGGAACUUCUGGAAGAACUUGCUGAAUCUAUAGGUGCACCUGCUAGCUGAUAUGCAGCAGAUUUUGCCUAAGUUAUUUGAAAAUUUUUGUUGAAGCACUUUUCAUAAUGAAGAUCUUCCAUAUUGUUGUUCUCCUGAAUGUGUCCCAUCAUCCAAAGUUUGAGACAUACGGUAUCGAGUUGAUUGAUUGUCAUAAUGUAGUAGAUAUGGGGCACUUUCACAUGUAACAUUUCAUUAUAUACAGUACUCUGUAAAAAAACUGUCUUAUUAUGUAAACCGAUGCAAUUAACUUCUGCAUUUUGUGCUCGCUGCAUU